AUGCGGAAGCUGCGCGACUUCCACGCAGUGGGCGCAGUUGCCGACUAUCAGUCCAUCAAAUCAGUGUUCGAGUACGAGCGCGGCGAGCACAACGGGUCGCGGUGGAUCGGCAACAGCCUCCUCCCCACAGACGGGCCGCAAUGGUACCCGCGCUCCAAGGACCAGGCGCAGAAACAGGUAAGCGGGACGGUGCCAGAGGCGUGGCAGGUAGAAUUGUACGACACCAACUUCGAGGGCUGGCGGGUUGCGAGCAAGUACUACGGCNGUGCCAGAGGCGUGGCAGGUAGAAUUGUACGACACCAACUUCGAGGGCUGGCGGUUUGCGAGCAAGUACUACGGCGUCUACACACGGGAUCAGGUGCAAACAGCGCGGAUGCGGCGGCGGCGCUGGGUCGCGGUGCUGCGGCAGCCACCGAUCUCACGUGUGGUGCAGCUUGUGCAGCAGAUCGGCGCUACUCCAGCUCCUAUUGA